GACGUUUAAAAGACGAUGCAAAAAAGACGAGAGAGGAAGACACAAGUUUGGUUCAGUCGUCUCAGGUCGUUGCCGGUGACAGAAACCAGUUUGAAGAAAAACUUCUUUUGGGGAAACCAGUUUGGGAUGGAGCUCCAGACGUGGCUAUCUGGACUGCUGGUCCUCGCCUCUGCGUUUCCCCCGGCAGAGGCCUUGGCGAUGUACGAGCCUGGGCUGUGUUACAUCCUGGACGGCUUCCUGGGCCUGUACGGUCUCAUCAUCACCGGCAUGUUCAUCAAGGAGAAGUUCUUCAAAACCAAGGCGAGGGCGACCGAGGACAGCAUCUACAGCGAUCUGAAAGGUCAGGACUCUGGAGGCUACGCCCCCCUGGUGAGAGGAGACCCCGAGAGAGGAAGAAACCGCAGGACGGCGGACGACAACGCCACCUAUACGGACUUGAACAAACGUACAGAUGGAGAAUAUAAGGAGCUUCCUGUUAAAAGAGAGCGUCGGAAGAACGAACAGGUUUACCAGGGUCUGAGCACGGCCACCAAAGACACCUACAACGUCCUCCAGAUGAAGCCGCUUCCUCCUCGCUAACGCCGUCCGGCCCACCGCUUCACCUCCUUUCAGCCUCGACAGAAACACACCCCAGCUUCUGUUUUGGACAAAUUAUUUGGCUGAAGUUCUCGUUUCAAGAGCGCCGACGCUCUGACGGUCCGUCUUUCACUUUCGGUUUAGGUUCAUUUCUUUAAAUCAUUUUAUCAGCUGGAAGGUCUGUGUUGUGUUCAGUGGAUUCAACUGGGGAUUUAUAACGAAGGUGUUUUAAUGAGAUAAUCAAUGACUUGUAAUAUAUUAAGGUGCUUUUUUGGAUGAAUCCAUUCAUUUAGCCCCAAAUUGGUGGUGAAACUCUUAAUUUUCGCCUUAAGAGAGAAAAUGUCCUUUUAAGGUAAUAUAAUAUUGAUCUUAAUUAAACUGUGAGGGGUGUUAAAACCCUCAACAUAUGCAGAAAACCAUUAAAACUCCUUACAACUGAUUAGUUUAUCCAUGAAUCCACACUUUACCUGCUGUAAACACGUUAAAUCCUUAAAUACAGAAUAAGAACGUCGCCUGAAAUUUGACUAUUAGUUUUUCAGCUGGAAGCUUUUAUUUCGUCGACUGUGUUCGUGAAUAUCACUUUACAUGAAGAAAUGGAUAAAAAGGAAAACAAAAAUCAAUUAAAAUGAACAAAAUAAGAAACAAAAAUAGACAAAUUUAACCCCAAAUUCACCGAAGGUUCCCAGUUUGUUAAUAAAUAGAGCUGAAUCUUUUCUGUCCCUCGAGUUUGGAAGUUAGUGAAGUUACAUUUCAAAGAGCCUCGCUUCCACGCCAAGCGUCACGUGACCGCGUCGCCUCGCGGGGGCCGGGGCCUCGCGGCGCCGCGUGACGCCCGCCUGUUAAUCUGCCGCUGUAUUUAAACGCAGAGUUUCAUCAAAGAGUUCGCCUCUUUAUAAAAUGACUUUCAUGUUGUACAAAACAUUAAUUACGAAAGCAGUUAGUCGCUCACAGACCGUUAACAGCAGCUGACGACGACUACUGGAAAUAUUUUAAUUAUAUAUAUAUAUAUAUAUAUAAUUAAAUAAAUAAAUAAAUUAUUUUAAUUAUAUAUAUAUAGACUGAAUUAUUGGAACAAUUCGUUCAGCUGUUUUCUGUUUACGACUUAAUCUCACGCAUGUUAAACGCUUUUUAUGCUAAAUAACAGAUUUCAUUGGUAAAUGACUAAUAUAGAUUGUGUGUUGGUCCUAUUGAUGUUGCCAUGGAGACUAAGAAUAGAGACAGACUUCGGAUCGGUAGUAUUGAUACUUUGCAGUGCCGAGGGUUGGCCAGCAGGUGGCGCCGUUUUGACGAUUUUCCAACUUAAAAUGUCCACGAAAUGCGUAAAAAUCUCAGUCCGAAGCUGCAGAAGUUGACGUUUGAAGAGUGACUUUGCGUACGGCGAGAUGUAAACGUUGUGUUCGUGGUUUAUUUGCAUUUAUCUUAAAUUUCUAAUUGAGUUUUAGUCAAAUCUGAAGAGACUAAAAGCUGCGUUAGCAUGGAGCUUUAAGUAGUUCGAUAUUAAAAUAAUAAAGACAUCGCUAAAUAAAUAAUAAAUAAUAUAUAACAAGUAAAAUUGUGAGAAAAUCCAAUAAUGUUUAAAAACUUUCCGAAAUAUUUGUCCUGCUUUUUAAAAUCAAAUAAAUAUAUUAGUGCAGCUCAUUUUUAUUUAAGUUUUAACAUCAAAACGUCCUGAAUUAAUGAAUAUUUUAACUUCAUAAUACUCUCUGUCAUCACAAAGUCUUUAUCUGUCAAUCAAAACAAAAAGGGGGCGGGGCCAGUUAUGUGAUUGGCUGCUGCUUGAGCGGACAGCCAAUCACGUGGCUGUUAACACUGGACCCUUUGUGCCUCCGCACGUUAAGAUCUGGCAUAUUGCAGCUUUAAGAUUCGACUGUAAAAUCUGAAAAAACAUGUCGUUUCUCCUUUAAAGCUUCAGUUUUACUUUGCUGAUGUUGCUUUUAUGCAGUAGUUUAACGAAAAUCACUUUUUUCAUUUUAAAUCUUGUAAACGUUUCCUUUUGCUUUCACUCUGCGUGGCAGAUGGUUAUUAUGAAAGUAUUUUCAUAGAAAUAAUCGGUCGUUUGUUUUGUUGUUCUGAUAUUUUCCUGAGAAUUUGUGGUGUAAUGAUCUGAUCAUUAUCUGUACGAAUGUUUAGCUGGUGGUCAUGUUUGCUCUGUAAAAGCUAAUCUGACAUUAAAAUGUGUUACAUAAAUGUUUUAAUAAAUCCAAAUUAAAGCA